GCAGCGUUUAGGGAUUGUAGUUUAGUUGAUACGCUAGAAACAUUAGUAGCCCAUGUAUGGCCAACUAAAACGAACUACACGUCCCAAGCGGCUAAGUGACGUUGUUAUUGUCAUCGUUUUACGCGAUGCAUCGGUGCUUCUAAAAUGUUGUUAAAUUCCACGGUAAUUACAGACUAAUACGUUGGGUACUGUAGAAUUAACUCCAUGGAGGUACUCGAGACAAUUGUGAUACAAAGUACUGAAGUGGAAGGAAAGGAAACUGUCGUGUCUAGCAUGGACAUCGAUAAAGCCAAAGCUGAAUUUAUAUGGACCCUGCAGGCUACAUGGCACCUUGUCAACACCAGACUUGAAAUGGACCAGGCUUUUGAUCAGCCAGUAUGCAGGAAAAAGAAACUUUGGGAGAUGGUGGCAGAGAAAGUGAACACCAAACUGCAGGAGUCAGAAGUAACCGAUGUCACAGUGAAGGCCUACGAGUGUGACCUCAAGUGGAGAAACUUGCUGGCAACAUACAGGAAGAAUGCUGAGAGGGCAAAAAGGCUGGGGGUGACCAGCAUCCACUGGGAGUUUUUCAAGGCCAUGCAUGAGGUCCUGGGUAAGAGUAGGGAGGAGGUCGAAGCCCAGCGAAGGGCAAAGCUCAGUGGGACGAGAGUGGGCAAUGCCAUAGCCAGCAAGAGGUUUACCCCAAUCCUCCCUACACCUCCUGUUACAUCAGCUGCUCCCUGCUCGGCCCGGCCUCCACAAGAUGUCCUGCAGCUUUAUAUGGAGCUGCAAGAGAGGAAGAUGAACAUGUGGGCUCAGCAGAAAGCCCUAGAAGAGAGGAAGAUAGAGGCUAUUAACAACCUGGCCCAGGCUAUCUCCAGCCUGGCUGAGAAAAACAGCACACAGAUAUCAAAGGAUGGACAUUAAACCCCAAAAGAUGUUUCUCUUACCAAAAAAAACACUUGACAAUGCACCAGGAAAAGAGCAAAUAAAAAAUUAGGGCAAGUUUUACGAUACGAAUAGAUAAUAAUUACAGACCUGGGGGAAACGAAGCAGUUUUCUUUGUGAACAUUUUUGCCUUCUCAUAAAUGCACCACUUUUAUCUCAGAGAAAAAUAAUGUUAUCACAUUUUUAUACUUUAAUGAAUAUAUUUUAUUUUUUUUGAAGAUUAAUUUGGGCAAUCUCACCUUUAAUCGAGAGUAAAGCCAAAUGCCAAGGACAGAGAGAAAGAGAGGAAACCCUGUCCUUUGCUCUAAGCCUUAGCCUCUGUAAAUGGGGUGCCAUCAUUGAAAGGUAAGCUCCCCAGCAAGCUCCACAAUUUUAGGAAAGUUUGGCCAGUCGGACUUCUGCACAUUUGAACCUGACACCAGAAAACAGGACAUGAGACGCUGACCCCCAAAAAAUACCCUGGACAGCUUUUGAUUAUACUGCAAGCAGAUCACAAGCCUACUCAAAGUUGUUCUUUUUUAUUUCCUAAUAGAUGUUUUUUGUACUUAUUUUUUUCCUAAAAGAAACGAGUUACUGUACCACCAUCACUGUUCAUGUUAUUGAUAUUAAAUGUCAACGACCUAUGCAAGAGUAGAACAUGUUUUGCUGUUUUUUAUACAGGCCCUACGUGGGCCCCACCUAUUAUACUCACAUUUUACUCUGAAAACAAUAGUUAGUCAAACUGAUAAUGGUCCCUAAAAGAGGUAUCGAUAACAAUUAUAGUAUUCAUAGACAUGCUUGUAUUGUCAUUGUAUUUAUAGGAUACACUUUGUGAACUUGUAGAGUAUUCUAAUAAAGAGCCUUUACAUAA